AUGAGUUUGAAGAGCGAGGUUAAAGGGUGUGGUUCAAGGAUAAGGUUCAAGGGUAAGCUUGAAGGAUUUAUCUCCGAGGGCGCUAUCUUGUUAGGCUACGAGUGGCUUUACAAAUACCGCGUGCUGGACCUCCCGUGGGACUCGCUGUACACGUGGUGGGCCGCCUUCUUCUUCGUCGACUUCUGCUACUACUGGGUCCAUCGGGCGAACCACGAGGUCAACCUCCUGUGGGCGGCCCACCAGGUGCACCAUUCCUCCGAGGACUACAACUUCGGCACCUCGAGUCGCAUCUCCAUCUUCCAGCGCAUGACCUACUUCGGGUUCUACCACCCCCUCGCCCUCCUGGGGAUCCCCAUGUCCUCCGUCAUGGUGCACCUCGGCCUCAACUACCUCUUCCAGUUCUGGGUUCACAACGAGGAAAUCGGCAAGCUCGGGCCCCUUGAGUGGAUCUUCAACACGCCGUCGCAUCAUCGCGUGCAUCACGGGGCCAACAAGUGGUGCCUCGACAAGAACUACGGCAGCGUCCUCAUCAUCUGGGACAGAAUCUUCGGCACUUUCCAGGAGGAGAAGGAGGGCGAGGAGAUCGUCUACGGCCUCGUGGAUCAACCUCAGUCCAUGAACGGCGUCUGGCAUGAGAUUUUCUACUUCGAGAAGAUCUACGAGAAGGCGCGGAGCAUGAGCAGCUGGGGCGACUCCCUGAGGGCGGUGUUCUACGGGCCCGGCUGGGUCCCCGGGGCGCCUCGCCUGGGGGACCCCGACGGCUUCCCGGACGUUAAGGCCCCCCGGGUGAAGUACGACCCCCAGAUGCCCGCGUGGUUCCUGGCAUACACGGGCUUCCACUUAUUUCUGGCGCUCCUGGCUCAGCAGAUGUUGCUGAUUCACCUCAAAGUAAGUUUUUUUUUUUUUCUUGCUCUCUUUCUUUCUCUCGUAUCUCCCUGGUACACGGUUGCCACCUUCCUCUCGUUCAUCUUCGUGACGGUGGGCGUCCUCGGCUCCAUGUUCGACGGGUGGCGUUGGGCGCCGCUGCUGGAGUCCGCCCGCUGCGCCGCCUUCCUGCUCUACGCCCGCGCGACGCCCAUCUCCGGCGCCCCGAUGCUGGACGGCGCCCUCGUCCUCUGCUUCGCCAUGAGCGCCGUCUUCUGGACGUCGCAGAGCCUCCUGGUCAUUGGCGCGCCCGCGAAAGCCGUUAAAUUUGAAUGA